AUGGCCGCCGUCGUCCCCGCCUCGCCCGCGGAGGGGGCCACCAAGAGGAGCGACGACGUCGCCGACUCGGCGGAGUUCGUGAAGCCGCCCCUGGCCGCCAUGCUGAACACGUUCGACUUCGAGUCGGUGGCGCGGGAGACCAUGGAGCCCCAGGCGUGGGGCUACUACUCCAGCGGCGGAGACGACGAAAUCACCCUGCGGGACAACCACAUGGCAUUCCAGCGCAUCACCAUGCGGCCGCGGAUCCUGGUGAACGUGGCGGAGAUCGACCUGAGAACCAGCUUCCUCGGCACCGACAGCUCCCUGCCGCUGUACUUCACCGCCACGGCCCUGGCCAAGCUCGCCCACCAGGACGGCGAGGUGGCCAUCGUCAAGGCGGCGAAGAAGGCUGGCGUACCCUAUAUGCUGCCCACGUUAAGCAGCUACACGCUGGACGAGAUGCUGGCUGCCCGUGCGCCCGACCAGGUCUGUUUUUCUCAGCUGUACGUCAACCCCGAGCGCUCACGGACGCAGGAGUACGUGGAGAAGCUCGAGGCGAAUGGCGUCAGGGCCCUUUUCAUCACCGUAGACGCCCCUCAACUCGGCCGCCGCGAGAAGGACAUGCGCAACAAGUUCACGCAGCAGGGCUCUGACGUGCAAGGUGACGACGAGGACGAAGGGGAGGUGGACCGAUCCCAGGGGGCAACUCGUGCCAUCAGCUCCUACAUCGAUCCUGGCUUGAAUUGGAAGGACAUGCCUUGGUUCAGGAGCAUUACCAAGAUGCCGAUCUUGUUGAAGGGUGUGCAGUGUGGAGAGGACGCGGUGAUGGCUUUCGAGGCGGGCUUGCAAGGUGCCGUUCUCUCCAACCACGGCGGCCGGCAGUUGGACACGUGCCGAUCAGGCAUCGAAGUGCUCCCCGAGGUCAUGGCGGCCCUGGACGAGGCUGGCUGCAAGCGGGAGGACUUCUCCAUCUUCAUCGACGGCGGUAUCCGUCGCGGCGCGGACAUCUUCAAGGCCGUGGCGCUCGGCGCCAAGGCGUGUGGCGUGGGGCGCCCGGUGUUGUAUUCGCUGGCCUCGUACGGCGAGAAGGGCAUCGUGCGCAUGGUGCACAUGUUGAUGGACGAGCUCCAGAUGGUGAUGCGCCUGAGCGGCACUCCGAACGUGGCGAGCAUCACCCCCGAGCACGUCAUCACGAGGAACCUCGCAGACCACAUCGUCCCCCUGCCGUCCGACAACCUGGUCCAGAACACCUACAUGCCGCUCAUGCCCGCCGCGCGACUCUGA